AUGGGUAAAGCCAGAGAGAAGAAGAACUCCAAGGGACGUUUGGACAAGUACUACCAUUUGGCCAAAGAGCAAGGUUAUCGUGCUCGUUCUGCCUUCAAGCUCAUCCAACUCAACAAAAAGUACAAUUUUUUGGAAAAAUCUCGAGCACUGAUUGAUUUGUGUGCUGCUCCUGGUGGUUGGCUUCAGGUCGCAACAAAGUACAUGCCUCAAUCCAGUUUAGUUAUUGGUGUUGAUUUGGUUGCUAUUAAGCCAAUUCCUGGUGUUAUUACCUUCCAAGACGACAUUACAACUGAGAGAUGUAGACAAAACCUCAGACAAGAGAUGAAGACAUGGAAAGCUGAUGUUGUUCUUCAUGAUGGUGCUCCCAAUGUCGGUAGAGCUUGGGUUCAUGAUGCCUUCUCUCAGUCAGAGCUUGUACUCGUUUCAUUGAAGCUCGCUACUGAAUUUUUGGCCAAGGGCGGUACCUUUGUUACCAAGGUGUUCAGAUCCAAAGAUUACAACAAAUUGCUCUGGGUGUUCCAACAACUUUUCCGCAAAGUAGAGGCCACAAAGCCCCCUUCUUCUCGUAAUGUCUCUGCCGAAAUUUUCGUUGUGUGCCGUGAUUUCAUUGCCCCAAAGAAGAUUGAUCCUCGUAUCUUGGAUCCCAAGGCUGUCUUUUCUGAUGUUGGUGCUGAAGAACAAAAGAAGAUGACUGAUAUUUUCAAGCCUGAAAAGAAACAUAGACACAGAGAUGGUUAUGAGGAUGGUGAUUAUACCAUGCACAAGACUCUCGACGUGAUGGAAUUUGUGCGCUCUCAAGAUCCUAUUACUACUUUGGGUUCUUACAAUCAAUUCACUUGGGAAUCUGAUGAAGCAAAAGAACUAUUAAAGCGUGAAAUUACCACCGAAGAUGUCAAGGUGAACACUGAGGAUUUGAAGGUGCUCGGUAAAAGUGAUUUCAAGACUCUUUUGAAAUGGAGAGCUACGCUCCGUGAGGAAUACAAGAUGGACAAAAAGGAAGAGGAGAAAGCCAAGGCUGCCUUGAUUGAACAAGAACCAUUAGACGAAGACGAGUUGUUAGAAGCUGAGCUUGCUAAUUUGACAAAGGAAGAAGCAGCCAAAAAGAAAAGAGAGAGAAGAAAGGCCAACGAAAAGAAGAUGAAACUGAUUCAACGAAUGCAAUUGAACAUGAUUAUUCCCACCGAUAUUGCUUUAGAAGAUGGAGGUGUGGCCGAUGACGAAGUGUUCAACAUCAAAAAGAUCAACAAGGACGACUCUCUCGCUAAACUUCAUGCUGGUGAUAUGUCCAUGGCUGAUGAAUUCGCUGACGACGACGAUAACAACGAUAUCAAGGUUGAUAAAAACUUGCGUGGCCGUGUGAGAGAAAUGGAUAUGGAAAUGGACGAAAAUAUGGAUUCUGAUGAAGAAUACGAGCGUGAUCUUGAGCAGCAGAUGGAUGAAGCAUACAGCCGUUAUAAGCAAAGUAGAGCAGAAAGAGAUGCAAAGUUCAGAGCCAAACAAGUUCGUAACGAAGAUGAUGAAUGGAAUGGAUUCGAUGACAAAAAGAAGAACGAAGACAGAGACAAAACCUUUGAUUCUGAUUCUGAGUCCUCCAACUCUGAAUCUUCCGAAUCUGACAGUGAUUCUGACAGCGAUAGCGAUAGCGACAGCGACGGUGAUACAACAAUGAAGGUCGCUAAGCCCAAAGCACCCAAGGAAAAGAAGUUGAAGAUUGCCACAAAGUCAUCUAAUUCCCUCAUGAAUGAUCUUGGAGAAAAGGCUGCCUUAUCCAAAAAGACUGCUAGUGGCCUCACAACGUCUGCAUCCAUGUUUUUCGACCAAGAUAUCUUCCAAGACGUGGCACUUGAUGAACUUAUGGAGAACGAAGAAGAAUCCAGUGACGACGAACAAUUUAUCCGUGAGCAAUCUCGCAAGAGAAAGAGAAGCCAGAAGGACGAAGAAUCUAGAAGUGAUGAUGAAGAACAAAAUGGCGACAGUGAUUUCGAGAUUGAAGCAACCGAAGAUGCCGUUCCAUCUGACGAGGAAAUGUGGGAUGGUGCUGAAGACGAGAAUUCCAAGGCCAUGAAGAAGGCAUUAGAAACUGGUUUGACAACAGCGGAAGCAAUCACUUUGGCUCGCCAAUUAGCCAACAAGGAAAAGACUAUUGAAGAUUUCAUCGAUGACGGUUUCUCCAAGGAAGCUUUCAGAGACAAGGAUGGUCUUCCUGAAUGGUUCUUGGACGACGAAAAGCACCACAACAAGCCCAACUUGCCUGUCACUAAAGAAGCCAUGAACCAACUUCGUGAGAAGCUCAAGGCACUCAAUGCUCGUCCCAUUAAAAAGAUUGCUGAAGCCAAGGCUCGUAAGAAGUUCAAGGCCGUACAAAGAAUCACCAAAGCACAAAAGAAGGCCACCGAUAUCGCUGAUAACCCAGAUAUGUCUGAAAAGGAAAAAGCAAAGAAUAUUGGCAAAUUGCUGGCUAGAGCUACUAAAUCAAAACCCAAGAAGGAUGUCAAAGUGGUUGUUGCAAAGGGUGCUAAUCGUGGUGUGAAGGGUCGUCCUAAGGGUGUCAAGGGCCGUUAUAAGAUGGUAGAUGGCGUCAUGAAGAACGAAAGACGUGCAGAGAGAAGAAGAGAAAAGAAGGCAAAAAAGAGAAGUGGCAAUGGUCGUCGUUAA